AUGAACCACUCCACCGGAUCGGCCGGUCCAUCUUCGUCCGCAGGGCCCUCCAACGACCACGGCGUUGGCGAAAAGAGCUUCAGCAACGUCAUCACCUCGACCUGCACACCCGGCCCCUCGCCCGUCAACACCCCUGGCGCCCUGACCGCCACUCCUCUGCCGAUGGCCGGAGGCGGCGGCCUGCACCACGCGGUGCCAAUACCGUCCAACUCGAUGUCGCUCUCGGGACCCUCGCACGAACAAAACCUCUCUGGGAGCUUCGGCCCCUCGUCGGCCAACGCUUCGUCGGAUAUGGGCUCUGUCAUGACCGAAGACGAGGAGGACCUCGAGGAUUACGGAAAGGGUGGCUACCACCCGGUCCACGUCGGGGACACGUUCUCCGAUGGCCGGUAUCUCAUCGUGCGCAAGCUGGGCUGGGGGCAUUUCUCGACAGUAUGGCUAGCAAAGGACCACAAGAUGAACCGGCACGUCGCCCUCAAGGUCGUCAAGUCGGCGCCUCACUACACCGAGACCGCCCUUGACGAGAUCAAGCUGCUGCAGCGCCUCGUGUCGGCCAACCCAUCGCACGCCGGCCGCCGACACUGCGUCUCGCUCCUCGACCACUUCCGCCACAAGGGCCCCAACGGCUCCCACGUCUGCAUGGUCUUCGAGGUGCUGGGCGAGAACCUGCUCGGCUUGAUCAAGCGCUACCAGCACCGCGGCGUCCCGCCGCACAUCGUCAAGCAGAUCGCCAAGCAGGUGCUCCUGGGCCUCGACUACAUGCAUCGCGAGUGCGGCAUCAUCCACACCGACCUAAAGCCCGAGAACGUGCUCAUCUGCAUCGACGACGUUGAGUCGGUCGUCGAGGCCGAGCUCCGCACCAACCCGGCCGCCGUCCCGACCAAGCUCGUCGGCGUACCACCAAGCCAAGGCCGCGGCGGCACCCAGACGCCGCGCAGGGAGGGCAUCUUCAUUACGGGAUCGCAGCCCCUUCCUAGCCCGAGCAGCAGCCUCGGCUCGAGCCCGAUGUUCGACAAGUGGGCGUUCGGCAUGUCCAAGAUCGACAAGCCGAGCGGGAGCGAUAGCGAAGGCUUCAAGAGCGGCGCGAGCAGCGAGGCAGCAGGAUCCAAGGUCGGCUCGCUCGCGACGAGCAAGGAGCGUGAGAAGACGGCCGAGUCGAUCGGCCGCGGCAUCUCGCAGCUGAGCACUCAGGGCGGCGCCGCUCCGGGGGCAAGCUCGAGCUCCGAACCCUUCGGAAGCAAGACGGCGACGGUGGCGCCCAAGCACAAGGGCCCGUCGCUGCUGUCGCAGCAGGCACCAUCCGCGGCCGCCGCGCCACCUUCCGCUGCCCAGUCAUCUACGACACCCCCGCCACAGCCAUCCGCGGCCUCCACCGACCCCAAGUCAGGCCUGGCCGACGACGACGCCGCUCUCUCGCCGCGUUCGCCGAUGGCCACAGACUCGCCUGCGCCGAGCGGUGGCGGCGACGCCUCGGCCUCGGCCUCGGCCACAAAGGCAGAGCCGGCGGGCGUCAGCCACCAGCCCGCACCCGAGGCCGGCGAUCCGCUGACCCUGCCGCCACCGCCGCCUUACGACCCCAGCUCGCUCGAGCGGAUCACGGUCAAGAUUGCCGACCUUGGCAACGCCUGCUGGACCGACCAUCACUUCACGAACGACAUCCAGACUCGCCAGUACCGAUGUCCGGAGGUCAUUCUUGGCGCCAAAUGGGGCACCAGCGCCGAUGUGUGGUCGGCAAGCUGCAUGUUCUUUGAGCUACUGACGGGCGACUACCUCUUCGACCCGGCGGCCGGCACCAAAUACAACAAGGACGACGACCACGUGGCGCAGAUCAUCGAGCUGCUCGGCGACUUCCCAAAGAGCCUCGCCUUUGCCGGCAAGUACAGCGCCGAUAUCUUCAACCGCCGCGGCGAGCUGCGGCACAUCCACAAGCUGCGAUUCUGGCCGCUGAUCUCGGUGCUGCAGGAAAAGUACUUGAUGCCGUACAACGAGGCCAACUCUCUGUCGUCGUUCCUCGGCCCGAUGCUGCGGCUUCAUCCCGAGAAGCGGGCGAGCGCACGGGACCUGCUCUCGCACCCCUACCUCGAGGGCAUCGUGGUGCAGGGCGAGAUCGAGCUGGCGAUGAAGCAGGCCGGCAUAGACGUAGACGCCCUGCAGGGCAACGGCGAGAUCCCGUCCGGCCUCACGCCGAGCGACGCAGACGCCCUCAAGCCCAUCGGGUCCCUCUCGAGCAGCCCGGCCGGGCUAUCUCUCAGCACCGCGGCGUUUGACGAUGCACAGCGCAAGGCCGCCCAGCAGCUGCCGCAACAGCAGCGGCAGCAAGCAGACGGCAGCGGGUCCGGCGCUGCGAGCGGCGAGCCAUCCUCGAGCGCCGACGACGGCGAUCUGUCCCACGUUACGGUCAAGGGUGGCGACGACGCAGGCGCCACGCAAGCAGCGACGCCCCGGGUGGCGGCCCAGGGGCAAAACGGGUCGGCAGCGAGGAGCGGAUCCUCGCCUUCGCCACAAGGCCUGCCGAGACCGGUCGCCACCGCAGUGCAGUAG